GAUUUAAAACUUCGUCAGUUAGUUCUAGAUCUUCUCCAUAUUCACACCUACUUUUCAACUCUCCCUGAGCUAAACCAAGUUUAAGAACCGGCGGAAAUAAGAUUUAAAAUAUUUUUUGCCGUGUUAUGAAUCAACUCCCAUUAAUGCACUACAUGCUAUGAACACAUUCGUUUUCGGGUCCAAGGAAAACAGUAAAUUCUUCUUCCCUAGAUACCGUCUCCAAUCCUCCACGAAAGGGUCUCGUCGUCAAAUCUCCCACCUGUUCCCGUCUCUUCUUGAAUCUCCGCGACUCUCUUCUUCUCGACUCCGAUCUCCAGAUAUAGAAACCCUCUACCAGGACGAAGAUGAUGAAGAUGGUGGUUCUGCUCCUUCUCCUCUCCUCCUGCUGGGUCCAGUCCACGCCACUACCUCCGGCCUGUGAUGACGGACGCCAGGACGUUUUUCCAGAAUCCUGCAGCUAUGGAUGGACCCUGGAUAAAUGUGGACAUCUUGUGUGUUUAAAAGGACCUGGAGAAAUGUGCGGAGGAAAGUUUGGAAGGUACGGAAUUUGCUCUGAUGGAUUAAUGUGCACAAACUGUAACCGUUGCCAGGGCUGUUCUUUCCUCACAUUUAUGUGCUGGGAUGAUCAUAAUUGUAUUUGGUGAUCCAUUCCUGUACAAUCUCCGACCCGGAGCUAACUGCUCCUGGUAUUGAUCCAUAUAUUAAGUAAGACUGAUCCUGAACCUUGCUCUCUCUCUAGGAGAGGACGGAUAUGUUGUUGGAUACAUUAUCUCAUCAAAUAUGAAGUAUCGUAAGCAGUUGUAUUAUAAAUAACAAUUUACCUUAAUAAUGUCAGAUGUUUAAAUUAUUAUAUCAGUUUAUUAAAAGUUAUAUUAGCUUUA